CUUCACAAAACACAAAAACCCCAUUUUGUGAUUUUUUUCACUCGCACACGCCAACCACCAGUUGCCCCUCGCUCUCUCGACUCCCCCACCAACACAACCACCAUGACCACUGCCGUCCUCCCUCCCAUGUCGGAAAUCACGCCGUUGCUCAAAGACGUCGUCGACAACGCUGAUUCAAGCCAAGUCACUGUGGCGGACGUCCUCCGUGCUGUGGAGAACAAGAUGUCUCUCGCCGAGGGUACCUUCAAGGAAGAUCCCGAGAUGAACGAGCAGCUGUGCGCGUACAUUGACUCGUUGCUGGGCGCACAUACCAACCCGGACUCGCCCAUCGACAAGACCAUCCAUGGCAUGGACUCGCCCGCUUCGGACGGCGAGAACGACGACCAGGCGGCCAACAAGACGGCCGACACACCCGACUCUGGCUGCUCGACUCCCAUGCAAAUGGACCCUGCUGCGGAAAAGCCAGCUGCGACCAAGGCAUCGGCCAAGAAGGCAGCCGGCAACAAGACUCCGAGCAAGGGACAGGCGGACGCACCCACGACCACCGAGUGGGACGAGGCGGAGGAGGCCACGACGGUCGAGCACCUGAAAAAGUGCGUCAAGCUGACUGGCUCGCGCAAGACGUUUGCCAAGGAGCUGGCUGGCAAGACCCCCGAGGAGCAGUGCGAGGUGCUGGCCAACGCGCUGACGGAAAUGGGCGUUGCCAGCCCCAUCACGCUUGCGCGCUGCACGGAAUUCAAGACUGCCCAAGCGGCUGCCAAGGCAGCGUCUGCUGCGACGUCCAGUGCUGAUGAGAGCGAGUCGGCCGAGACGAUCGCCGCCGCUGCUGCUGCCAAGCGUGCUGCCGCCCAGAUUGCCAGCAUUGACGUGGAUGCCAGCAACAUUCUGACCGAGGCCUCUGGCGGUCGUGCGCGUCGUGCAACUGCGCAGCGCACACUCGAGCUCAUGCGCAAGGUGUCGGAGAGCGCCCAAGCCAAGAUCGAAGGCAGCGAUGACGAGGAAGACGGCAACGCGGGCGAGGACGACGACGACGAUGCCAACGAAGAGGACGACGAUGACGAUGAUGCUGCUGAAGAAGAGGAGGACGAAGACGACGACGAGGAGGAGGACGAGGACGACGUUGCUGACGAAGAGGAGGAGGAGGACGACGAGCCGACUCGCAAAAAGUCCAAGUCGGCCAAGAAGCAGCCUUCCUCGUCGCCUGCCAAGAAGCCUGCCGCCGCUACGAGCAAGUCUCCCAGCAGCAGCGCCAAGAAGAGCCCUGCUGCCAAGUCUCCUGCCGGUGCUCCCAAGGCUGCCUCGCCCGCUUCGAAGGCUACGACUGCCGCCAGCAAGGCCAAGUCCCCAGCGAAGGCGCCUGCGACUGCUGCUGCGAAGGCCAAGAAGGCGACCACCGACGACAUGGAGGUGGACGAUGACGAUUCCGCUGCGAGCUCCAAGAACAAGAAACAGGCAACCUCUGACGAAGAGGGCGACACUGCUGAAGCGGACAACGCUGGCGAGGACGAGGAAGCCGACGAGGAAGCGCCCAAGAAGAAGGCUGCUGCUCCAAAGAAGGUGGCUCCGGCUACGAAGAAGCCUGCCGCCAGCCCCGCCGCAACUACCACCGCCAAGCCUGCCAUCGGAGGAGGAGGCAUCAAGCCGCAGAUUGGCACUCCGCGCAAGGGACUUGGAGCUGGUCGUCCACUUGGCGCACGCGCAGGCUUCACGCCUCCGUCGCGCGUGGCGCCUGCAGCAACUCCCACAAACACCCCGACCAAGGGCGUGAAGCGUGCCGCAAAGUCUGGGGACAACCAAGAGGACGAUGAGGAGGAAGGCUCUCCUUCCAAAAAGUCGCGUUGCUCGGACGACGACGAGGACGACGAGGGCAACGAGCGCCGUCGCCGUGAUGCAGAGUACGAAGAUUGCUAGCUUGCUUUGUGUGUUGUUGAGUCGAUGAUGUGAUGGUGGUGGUGUAGUUACAGUUGAUGAUGUCGGAAAUGUUGUGAGUCGAUUGAAAUUUUGUUUGUUUCUGCAUGUACAUGAACUUUGGACCUUUUGAUAAACAAAAACAAAAACGUUCUGAUGAGGACGACUAUUGGC